AUGAACGCAUUAUCAAUACCCGCAAGCCACCGCUGCCUUGCCAUCAGCGAGAUAUUCCAGUUCAUAGUGGAAUGGCUCUGCUUGUCCCCGAGCGGCAAGCGCACGCUGGUCUCACUCGUGCGGACAUGCAAGACGCUGCACAAAGCGUCCGCAGCCGCACUCUGGCGAGAUCAACGUAGCCUUGUACCGCUCUUGCGGCUUUUACCAUCCUGCGCAUGGGAGGAGGUACCCCUCGAGGGCGGUGGACACAUCUUCCGGAUAAUACGGCCCCGCAGACUCGAAUGGACGCGGAUCAAGUACUACGCUCAGUACGUGCGACGCUUCGUCUGGAACAAGCGGCAGGAUGUCUGCCUGGAAUCUCUGUUGGCGCUAUGUGCGCGCCUCCCCGCCGGCCAGCCGCUCCUCCCGCAGCUCCGAACGCUCCAUUUCCAAGAUUCCCGCGUGACACACUUGCGCAUCCUCCACCUUUUCCUCUCGCCAACCAUCACACACCUCGCACUGCAAUUCAACAACAUCGUCCCUUCGGUUUUGGCGUCGCCCUUCAAGCGUAUACGGGAGGCGUGCAAACGCGUGACCUCCCUGGAACUCCGUAUGCACCGUUUGUCAGGCUACAUGUUGCAGAAGUUUUCGGGCAACGUCGGGGACGCCUACGGGCAACUCCUCUAUAGCUUGAAGGAGCUCACGAGCUACAGGGGCAACGUCUUCUUGCCAGCAAUCUGUGUAGAGGCUUUGGCGGUGCUACCCAGGCUCUCCGCGAUGGAAGUGUACGUCAACGAGUACGAGAUGGCUACGAUAACGGGUUGCGACAUACGCAAAGAUGCGUGGUUCAACACCCUCAAAAUGCUCGAUCUCGGCCUUGUCCGGAUGGACGGGAGCACGAAGACGUUCCUCGGUGCUCUCCCGGAGGGGAACCUGCGACAGGUCCAGCUCAGCACACAGAAGCAACCCAACACCGACACAAUCAAGCAGCACCUUGCACUCGUCGCGCGCGCCGCGCACCGCGACUCCUUCACCCACUUACAACUAGACCUCGGCCGUACGCAAGUCCGUCCAUCCGAAACCGCCAUCCCCCCAGUGAUCGACGUCGGGGUCGCUCUCCGGCCGCUCUACGCCUUCCCCCACAUCGACUAUGUCUGCAUCCAAUGCCCCGCGCUGGCCGUAAGCGCAAAUUCCAUUCGCGACAUCGCGCACGCAUGGCCUCAGCUCGCGACCCUCUCGCUGAACAGCUAUAAUCCCUACCCCCCAGGUAGCAACACCCCCUGCCUCACGCUCACCAACCUCGUCCCUCUCGCCCAAAACUGCGCACACCUGGACACGCUGGGGCUGCACCUGCACGCGCACAAGCUCCCCGACGCGGAAACGCUGGCACGGUUGCUGCCCGCACCGUCGCAAUGCGGGCUGCGCCGCCUCACCGCAUUUGCGGGGGUAAACAUCGAGAACCCGGCCGAGGUGGCGGGCGUCCUCGCGCGUUUAUUUCCUGUGCUGCGCGAGGCGGAAUAUGGGAAGAUAGCGUGGGUCCCGGAAGGGGACCAGCAGCCGUUUGAGGGCAGAUGGGAGAUGGUGCAGCGGCUGCUUGGGUGGAGAUUGGAUGUUACGAAUGGACCCUAA